AGUUUUAUGCUGAGAAUAAACGCUGUUGACCUGCACUAUACUCCUUUAACAAACAUAUUCGAUUUUCAGAGAAAAUCUAGUACAGAAAAAAAUGAGUUCAUUUGACAGCGAAAUAGAAGCUUUCUUCUUAAAGCACUUUGAAACUAUCGAUGAAAAUGACUUGGAUGAAAAAUUUCAAAAGUAUGACAAAGAUGCUUACUGCUGAUUCACUCAAAGAGUUUAAAACAGUACUGUUGAACAAGUUGGACAAGAACGGCGAUGGAAAGAUCGAUAAGAAUGAGCUGAGAGCCAUAUUGCCGACCCAGGCAAACUUCUUACAUCAAUUCUGCCAACAUGGAAAAACGAUCUGUGGAGUGGAUUUCUUUAAGAUUUGGAAUCACUAUGAUGUGAACAGCAAUGGCAGUCUCGAAGGAACUGAAUUAGACAAUUUCCUUCGUGACUUGAUCCUAAAAAAUCGCCCAAAAACGAAUCGAAGCCUUAGUGAUGAGGAGCUGGCAAACAAGAUCAAAAUUCUUCAUAAUGCCUUGUUGGACAAAUUCAAUCAGAAAAGCAGUGGAAGUCUUUCAAAAAAUGAUCUCUUCACCUUCCUUCAAGUAGAUGCAACGUCUCCAAGCUUCCAGGGAAAAUCUAGCGGAGAAUUCGAGGAGRUAUUUGCCAACUACGAUAAGGACAAGAAUGGUACCAUCGAAGGAGCGGAGCUAGCCAAGCUGCUGGCAGACCUUCUUGUCCUUGACGGAGAUGGGAUUACAGAAGAAGACAUGAACGAGUAUUCCAACAUCGUUCUGUCAAAACUCGAUAAGAAUAAAGACAAGAAAAUACAGAAGUCUGAACUGAAGGAAUUUCUCAAGAUAGAAGAUUAACAAUCAUGACAUUUAUUUAGUCUUCACUAAGAAGUUUGCUUCUUUUUUAAUAAUUUUUGGAAUUGAGGGUUUGUAGGGAUUACUUUUUGCAAUACUGCACUAUACAGCUGUAUCAAAAUUACAAUUUUCACAUUUACUUGAAUAGGUUUAAUGAAAAUGACGUGUUGCAUGCUUGCGUUCGUUUGAGCACCAAUUUUGUACUUUCAAUAAUAAGUUAUGGCAUGUAUUAAAGCGUUUAUUAYAAACUUUAAA